UAAUUGAUUGGUUUUUCCUUUUCAGGCUGAUGUUUGUCAUGCCUAUCAACUCCUGAAGAAAGGUGGGCUUAAAGAUGAGAACAUUGUGGUUUUCAUGUAUGAUGACAUUGCUUUCAAUGAAGAAAACCCCAGGCCUGGAGUCAUCAUUAACAGCCCACAUGGUAGUGAUGUAUACAGUGGAGUGCCAAAGGAUUAUAUUGGUGACGAUGUUACUGUCAACAACUUUUUUGCCGUUAUUCUUGGAAACAAAACUGCACUUACAGGGGGCAGUGGAAAGGUUGUGGAUAGUGGUCCAAAUGACCAUAUUUUCAUAUAUUACACGGAUCAUGGGGGUCCUGGGGUGCUUGGUUAGUAGCACUCUCUCUUGCUGUUUCA